AUGCCGCGGAAUCCGAAGUUUCCGCCGUCGAAGAAACCGGCUCCCGCCCAGAUCCGCGCUCGGCAGAAUGUCCUCCUGGAGAACGCGCAGAAGAAGCACUUCACCCCUGCGGAGUUCCAAGUCGAAUUGCUCGCCGAAGCUAAGCGGGGAGGGAACAAAGUGAUCUUCAUCAGCGUCCUCGAUAAGCCGUUUUUCAUCGUCAACUUCACGAAAGAAAAUGGGUACUGGUUACGACCACCAUCUGCUUCUAUCGAUAAACUGCUCGUCGUGUGCCUGUCAUCCACGGAGAUGCUUUCGACAUUCCAAUGGCUGGACGACUACACCGAUCUGACUUGCGUGUGCCUUGAUCCAGACGCGGAUGAAGAUGAAGGUCUCGAGAAGCGACUGAGUAAUUCGUCGGUGAUCCUGACAGUGCCAACAGCCAUCAGCACGCUGAGUGAAUUCUCGCUGAAGUUUUGCACAGUUCUCAUCGAUCGAUGCGAGUCGUACGCAGAGACCGAUAUCGCCGGAUCGGCUAAUCUGCUGAAAUUGAUCGCUGACCGCAAACUCCGUGUCGUGGGGCUCACGAACGCCCUCUCGGGCGUAGGCAGCGCCGAGACGGCACGGAGCCGCAUCCAGAACCUCGAGAAGUAUUGGAAGGCGCAGGCUACGGUCUGCAAUGAUCUCACCGUGCUUUCGAAGUACGGCCCGAAGCCUGAAGAGAAAGUCCUCGAAUACGGAAUCUUCUACGCCGACAAAGAUGUAGAGUACGACAUGGUACUCGAUCUGAUUGAGAACAAUCUGAAGUUCCUCGAAAUGUCCCUCAAGCUCAAAGGGAACUAUUCCGAAGUCAUUCAAGAAGCCAUGAGGUACCCGAUGGAGUUGGCCUACGUGUUCCUCACGUUGGGGCCGUGGUGUGCUGCGGAAGCCGCCCAAGAGUUCCUCGGGGAAGUCUCCCGAUCGAUCGACAAUCUAGAAUACUUGACAGAUAUCCAGAUCUCGAAGACCACCCUACAGAUCGUUUUCACAUUUCUACAACAAUUCCUUGAGCUGUGCCGUAUAUUGGUGGACCUCGUGAAGUGUGAUCCAAGCGAGGCAAACGCCAUACAUCCCGACAAACUGACGAAUUUGAUGGACGCCAUCCUCUUGUACACCAAACCAAAGAUGGUCCCGUCUCAAAUUUCUGAAGACGGGAAAAAAUCGAAGCCCCACUGCGUUCCCUGGCAUGAAGACCCGACGGCUCUGUGUGGUCUGAUCAUCGUCCGGCACCGCAUCACCGCACUAGUUGUGAAUCGGUGGCUCGAAACGGUGUCGAAGACUGUGCCGAGCUUGGCAUUCGUCAAGUCGAACUUCAUAAUCGGCCAGACAACUCUGGACGGCGACGAUCCGGAAUUGGUCGCCGCCGGCCUCACCAGGCAGGAGGAAGUUCUCCAGAAAUUCCGCUAUCGAGACUACAACCUCCUGAUCACGACCACGGCCACGGAGGAUACUCUGGAGCUGCCGCACUGCAAUCUCGUGGUGAGGUUCGAUCCACCCGAAAGCUACAAGAGCUACAUUGUCUGCAAAGCGAAAGCGAAAGCCUCGUCGAAAUGCGCUCGUUUCUUCAUUAUGCUCUCCCAGUACGAAACUGCCAAGUUCACCCAUCUGUUCAGCGACUACCGGAAGAUGGAGGGACUUCUAUUGGAGCGCAGUCACCAGGAAGACGUGACGACCGAAGGAGACGAGGGAGCCUCCCCUUCGGACCUGGAGCGUUGUUACCGUCCCUCGAGCGGAGACUGUCUCGUGGCGACCCUGAGCAACUCGAUCGCGAUCAUCAAUCGCUACUGUCUUCGUUUACCCUCCGACACGUUGACGAAGCUUGCUCCGGUUUUCCGAAUCAACAAACUCCCCGAUGACACGUACCAGUGUGUUCUGCGUCUGCCGAUCAACAGUCCGCUGAAGGAAGAGAUCGUCGGCGAGCCCAUGGCGACGCCAGUGCUCGCUAAACAAGACGUCUCACUUCGGGCUCUGGAGCGUCUGCAUAAGCGAGGGGAGAUCGACGACCACCUUUCCCCUUUCGGUAAAGACUCGCUGAAGGCGAAAACCGAAGAUCAGGUUGUGCCCCUCGACGAAACGGUAGCUCACGGUGCCGCCAGACCGGGAACAACGAAACGACGUCAAUACUACCACAAGAGUUUGGCUCCCCCAUUCCAGGGAACGCUCGAUACGGAGACUUUUUUCUUGUACAACAUUUCAAUGAAGCUGCUCUGUGCGAUUCCCGAGGAGCAGAACUCGCGGGCUCGGACCAUCUACGACCCUGCAGAUUCCCCGCGAGGCUUCGGCUUCGUAUCCGGCACGAGAUUGACUCCACUCUGUCCGUUCCCGAUCUACACCCGAUCGGGCGAGGUCAUGGUCGACGUCGAAGAACUGAGCUGCGCUCUCCCACUGACAGAAGAACAAAGGAAAAAAGCAGAGUUCUUCCACGCGUAUGUUUUCCGUGACGUCCUCCGCCUAGAGAAGUUCCCAAUGAAAUUCGACCUAAAGGCGUCCCGAGCCGGCUUCCUGAUCAUUCCGAUCACCGACGGUUCCGUUGAGUGGUCGUUUAUCGACAGAAUAAUGAACGAGGAUGAAUUCAAGCCCCAUAAAGUCGACGAAGAAGAACGACGUAGCUUCACCUUCAAUCGAGAGAUAUUUAGCGACGCUGUCGUGAUGCCUUGGUACAGGAACAUCGACAAACCUCAAUUUUUCUACGUGGCGAACAUCUGCGAGCAGCUAACACCUGUCAGUGAAUUCCCCGCCACGCCCUUCAAGACUUUCGACGAUUAUUAUCGCCAUAAAUACAACAUAGGCAUAUGCAACAAAUCCCAACCACUCCUCGACGUAGAUCACACGUCGGCGCGUCUCAAUCUCUUGACGCCGAGGUACGUCAACCGGAAAGGAGUCAGUUUGCCGACGAGCAGCGAGGAGUCCCGUAAAGCGAAAAGAGAGAACCUCCAACAGAAACAGAUCCUAGUCCCGGAGCUUUGUCUCAUUCAUCCGUUCCCGGCGUCUCUGUGGAGGAAAGUCGUCUGUCUGCCCUGCAUUCUGUACCGGAUGAAUCAUUUGCUUCUGGCGGACAGUAUCCGCAUGCGGAUCGUGAACGCUUGCGGCGUGGGGAAGGCCGAGCUACCCGAGGGCUUCAAAUGGAAAAUGCUCACGUUCGGCUGGACUCUGACCGAGGUGCUGAAAGAGAACGCUAUGCUCAAACAAAGCGUCCCGGUAACGGAGAAAGAGCCUGUCAACGAAGAACGUAUCGCCGAAAUCCGAAACGCCUAUCUCGGAGGUCUGCGCAAAGGCGGUGUCGAGCUUACACCCGACGGACAGCUGGUCAUCGACACGUUCGAUCCCUCGAAAGUCACGAUACCGAACGACGAGGAGCUCCUGGAAGCGGAGCUACGUGACAUCGACUUCCAUAAGCCGAAAUUCGAUUGGAAACCUAUCCCUGGAAUGGACGAGAUGAACUUCCGGAUGGGCAGUCCGUCGAAUUUCGAGGAGGAAAGCGAUUGGCAAAUGUUCGGCGACUCGGAAAUGGUCAACAUUAGCAUGCAAGGCCUCAAUUGGAUCUCAGGGGAGGGCAUCGAUAUCGAUAAACUGUCCGCCGCUCUGCCCCUACAACUAGGAGGGAAUGCUGACGACAGCGGGGAUGAGGGAAGUCUCCUAGAAGACAUGCGAGAUGCCGAAGAGAUGCUCGUCGAGGACCGGGGUGACAAGGAAGAGGUCGAGCACAACUCGUUGUGGCUCUCUCCGUGUAGCGCGAUCCAACAGUCGAAAAUACUCGAGGGCGUAUACUCGGACGUCCGUGAAGUGUGUGACGACCUCCUCGGUCUCCAGUUCCGAGUCUGUAAAGGAGGACGCAUGGGUGUGAAAAUGAACGCAUUCCCCAAAUUGAAAAAAGCUCUCGACUACAUGGAGGCCGCCGCCGAGCAGGACGCCGAAGAUCAGGAUCUCAUCGAAGAACACUACGUCAGCAGCGACGUUGUCUUCGGUGAGCUGAUGCAGGGCCGUGAAGAAAUGGAGGAACUUCCGGCCGAGAUCCGCAUACGAUUCGACGACGACGACAGCGAGAGCUGCGGGCCGAGCCCCGCUAUUCUGCUGCAGGCUCUGACGAUGUCGAACGCAAACGACGGAAUCAAUUUGGAAAGACUCGAGACCGUGGGAGACUCGUUCCUUAAAUACGCAAUCACGAAUUACUUGUAUUGCACCUAUCUCGGCGUACACGAGGGGAAAUUGAGCUUCUUGAGAAGCAAACAAAUCUCCAACGUGAAUCUGUAUCGACUGGGGAAGGAAUUGGGCAUCGGCUCUCUCAUGGUUGCCACCAAAUUCGAGCCCAGUGACAACUGGCUCGCUCCGGGUUUCUGCAUUCCGGAAGGUUUGGAAAAAGCAGUUCUUGACUCGAAAAUUCCAAACAGUCAUUGUAACAUAAGCCAGUUCAAAGACGGUGAGGCCAGUGGUGAAGGCGAGUUCGUGCCUUACAGCCUAUUGACGCACCACUCGAUACCGGAUAAAAGUAUCGCGGAUUGUCUCGAGGCUCUGAUAGGAGCCUAUCUGGUAUCCUGCGGCCGAUGCAACACACUCAAGUGUAUGACCUGGUUCGGACUUAGGGUGUUGCCUUUGGACUGCGAAGGAGACGCGUUCGCGAGUUUAUUCAAGAAAAUUCCCCCACCUCUGCCGGCGAGCUACGACGAACGAGUUUUGCGGCAACUUCUCCACGGCCAUGUCAGUUUCGAGGAAAGGAUCGGAUAUAAAUUCAAAAACAAAGGAUUCCUCCUUCAAGCGUUCACGCAUGCAUCGUACCAUUAUAAUACUUUGACCGAUUGCUAUCAGCGACUGGAGUUCCUCGGAGACGCGGUGCUCGAUUAUCUUAUCACGCGAUACCUGUAUGAGGAUCCGGUGAAACAACAUAGCCCCGGCGCCCUGACCGAUCUGAGAUCGGCGCUGGUGAACAACACAUUCUUCGCAGCGUUGGCGGUCAAAUACGAGUUUCACAAAUAUUUCCUGAAUCUUUCGCCGAGGCUCUUCAAAUUAAUCCACCGCUUUGUCAGCACGAAGAAACACUUGAGCGGCAAGCAGUACUUCGAAAAAUACUAUCUCGGAGAGGAUGAAUGCGAGGAAGCCGAAGAGAUCGAGGUGCCGAAGGCACUCGGAGAUAUAUUCGAAUCCGUCGCUGGAGCGAUCUAUCUGGAUUCUGGCAUGUCGCUCGACACAACUUGGAACGUCUAUCUCGCCAUGAUGAAGCCAGAGAUCGAGUAUUUCUCGAAACAUGUGCCCAAAUCUCCUAUUCGAGAACUGCUCGAAUUGGAGCCUCAAACCGCAAAGUUUGAAAAAGCAGAGCUGACCUUGAACGGGAAAAUACGCGUGAAGGUUGAGGUUUUCGGGAAGGGCAGCUUUAUCGGUAUCGGACGCAACAAACGAAUAGCCAAGUGUACAGCGGCCAAGAGGGCUCUUCGGGUCAUCAAAGGUCCGAGGAGCAAAGCACUGUGAUCACGGCGAAUGUGACGAUUGAAUAUAAUUAAACAUUCGGGCGUUCUCCCUCGCCACAGUUGGGAAGGUUUCGGCUCUGAGGGACUCGAUUAAUAUAUUUGUAAAAGGAUAGAUGUCUCUUCGGGUGACUAAUGUUUGAAAUAAAAGAUAU